GUGAAAUGUGCUGGGCGGCCGUUUGAAAAGCUGCUUUUCUGCUGUUUUCAGAAGCAGAGCUUCUCAGUUUACGGCGAGUACUGCAGUAACCACGAGAAGGCUUUGCGACUUCUGAUGGAGCUCAACAAGAUUCCCAACAUACGGACCUUUCUACUGCACUGCAUGCUGUUGGGAGGAAAGAAGAGCACAGACAUUCCCCUGGAGGGUUACCUUCUCACUCCCAUCCAGAGAAUCUGCAAGUACCCUCUGCUGCUCAAGGAACUACUUAAAAGGACUCCUAAGAAGCAUGCAGACUACCCUGCUGUGGAGGAGGCUCUGCAGGCCAUGAAGGCCGUCUGCUCCAACAUCAACGAGACCAAGAGGCAGAUGGAGAAACUGGAGGCUCUGGAGCAGCUGCAGUCCCACAUCGAAGGCUGGGAGGGAACCAACCUGACUGAUAUCUGCACGGAGUUGCUCCUUCAUGGAAAUCUCCUGAAAAUCUCGGCGGGCAACAUCCAGGAACGCGUCUUCUUUCUGUUCGACAACCUUUUAGUUUACUGCAAAAGGAAGUCCAGAGUGUCUGGGAAGAAAUCCACCAAGAGGACCAAGUCCAUCAACGGGCCUCUCUAUGUGUUCAGAGGCCGGAUCAACACUGAGGUGAUGGAGGUGGAAAACGUGGAAGACGGAACAGCCGACUAUCACAGCAACAACUACACAGUGACUAAUGGCUGGAAGAUUCACAACACGGCUAAGAACAAGUGGUUCGUCUGCAUGGCCAAAAAUGUAGAGGACAAGCAGAAGUGGCUGGAUGCCAUCUUGAGGGAACGGGAGCAAAGAGAGAGUCUGAAGUUGGGUAUGGAGCGGGACGCCUACGUGAUGAUCGCUGAGAAAGGAGAGAAGCUCUACCACAUGAUGAUGACCAAGAACAGGCACCUGAUCAAGGACCGCCGCAAGAAGCUCAGCAUUGUGCCCAAGUGCUUCAUGGGAAAUGAGUUUGUGUCGUGGCUGAUUGAAAGCGGAGAGAUCAGCAACGCCGAUGAGGGAGUGAACCUGGGACAGGCCUUACUGGAAAAUGGCAUCAUUCACCACGUGUCAGACAAACACCAGUUCAAGAACGAGCAGGUCUUGUACCGUUUCCGCUAUGACGACGGCACCUACAAGGCCCGCAGCGAGCUGGAAGACAUCAUGUCAAAGGUAAACCGAUUCUCUCCUCUGUCUGAUGAAAACAACUGAAACAAAGAGGCUGUG